ACACCCAUGCGCACACCGGUUUGACGUCACUCGGGAGACUGGCCCGGCUAGCUGUCAUCCGCGUAGCACUGAAGGGCAUGUCAUGGACUAAAUCUUCCCAUGUACAGUUACAUGUGUGCCGUAGCUUGUUAUAGACGUACACAGAUUUCGGUUUCUCUGCGUACGCGUUAGCCGGUGUUCAGUUUCGAUACCGUGAACAAACGGUCAGUGGUUAACCUACUAGCUAGCUUAUAACUUGUAGUAACCGUUAAAGGUGUUAAGUUCAGGCAAACGCAAGCUUGCUGAUGGCGUUAAUCCUGUUUACAAGGUCCCGGGGACCUUUAAUGAAAACCUCACGAUCAUUAAAGAGUGAAUUCAGGAAAGGCAAAGGAAAACUGCAAGAUGGUGCGUGUUUCAGCUGCACAGCACUCAGACUCUCCAUUCAAAAACUUGAUGCCCUCCAGCUUGGUCGUUUGCCCCAGGUCUCAUCUUCCGGUCCAUCGUUUCCCCUGUCAGACGGAUGUGUGGGCCCCUACCAGGGCCCAGACUCUCAGCGACUGUACUGUGCUUUCGUGUUGGGGUCCACUUCGUCACUACACCCUGCAAUUACAUCAGGGGCCCAGUGGACAAUGGCGCGACCGCAGCACAUGUAUGGUGUCCGGUGGAUACACACUUCCAGGAGGAGAUGGGACGACUCGAAAGUGGAGAAGUCACUGCGUUCGCUAAAAGACAAGAAGAAGCUGGAGGAAGGAGGGCCGGUGUACAGCCCGACACUGGACGCGGAACCUGUGAGACUGACAAUUAGACAGCGGGUGGUGGAUGAAAUCAAGCACUACUACCAUGGCUUCAGGCUGUUAUGGAUUGACACUACCAUUGCAGGACGAAUGUUAUGGAGGGUCCUGAACGGCAACGCCCUGUCCCGCAGAGAAAGAAGACAGUUUCUCAGAACGUGUGCAGACGUCUUCAGACUUCUUCCCUUCCUGGUCUUCAUUAUUGUCCCUUUUAUGGAGUUCCUUCUCCCUGUAGCCCUGAAACUCUUCCCCAACAUGCUGCCGUCCACCUUUGAGACACAGUCAAAGAAGGAGGAGAGAUUGAAAAAGGAGCUGAGGGUCAAGCUGGAGAUGGCCAAGUUCUUGCAGGACACCAUCGAGGAGAUUGCUCUGAGGAACAAGGCUGCUCAAGGCGACGUGACUGAGGAGUUCUCUACCUUCUUUCAGAAGAUUCGUGACUCUGGGGAGCGUCCCAGUAAUGAGCAGAUCCUGAAAUUUUCCAAGCUUUUUGAGGAUGAGCUGACGCUGGACAACCUGACCAGACCUCAGCUUGUGGCUCUCUGUCGUCUCCUGGAGCUUCAGUCCAUUGGGACCAACAACUUCCUCCGCUUUCAGCUCAUUAUGAAGCUUAGGGCCAUCCGUGCUGACGACAAGCUGAUUGCAGAGGAAGGGGUGGAGAGUCUGAAUGUGAACGAGGUACAGGCAGCCUGUCGCGUCAGAGGGAUGAGAUCUCUCGGUGUCACAGAGGACCGACUGAGAGAACAACUCAGCCAGUGGCUGGAGCUGCAUCUGAACCAGCAGAUCCCUACGUCUCUGCUGCUGCUGUCUCGAGCCAUGUACCUCCCAGACACCCUGUCUCCAGCCGACCAGCUGAAGACCACACUGCAAACGCUUCCCGAGAUGGUGACAAAGGAAGCCCAGUUAAUGGCGGCAGAGCUGGAGCUCUCCAAAGUAGACAAUAAGACCAAGGUGGAGACAAUGCUGCAGGAGGAGGCGGCCAUACGCCAGGACAACAAGGACAGGGAGAUGGAGAGGCUGGCUGAUGCUGCAGAGAAAGCUGCCAGGGAGGGCGAGUUUGAGCUUGAAGCAGAGCGGGCAAAGCAGAGCGAGGCGGAGCCAGUGUUGUCCAAAGCUGAGAUGGCUGAGACACUGAGGGACACGGCACCUGUCCUCGAGGGAAUCAAGUGGCAGACACUCCUGCGCUACCAGGGUGAGGAAAUUACCAAAGAAGAGAUUGACCUGUUGAGUGACGCCUGCUCGAAGCUCAAGGAGCAGAAGAAGCUGUUGACCCUGGAGAAAGAAGAACUGGAGGAACUGAAAGAUGAUGUGCAGGAAUACAAUGAGGAUCUGGAGGAGAUAAAGAAGGAGCUUUCAAAGACUGGCCAGGAGAAAGCACUAGAGGAGUCGAAGGCAAGCAAGCGUCUGUCUAGGAGAGUGAACCGUAUGAUAGGUCGCAUCGACAAGAUCAUCACAGAGCUGGAGAAGGACAAGGUCAUUCUGGAUGGAAAGAUGGAUAGUGGAGCCACUCCACCCGUAGGUCUGUUCUACACCUUCAGGGAGAACCUCAUCAGCAUCGAUGAGCUGAUCAACGUCAUGCGGCAGAUCCAGAACAUUCCAGAGCACAAGCUGCAGCGCAUUGCUGAGGCGCUCGACGACAACAAGGAUGGGAAGAUCGACAUUGAUGAUGUCAUCAAAGUGGUGGAGCUGAUCGACAAAGAGGACAUCGACAUCUCCACCUCUCAGGUGGCCGACAUCAUGGUGAUGCUGCAGAAGGAGGAGAAGCUGAUCGAGAAGGAAAAGGCUAAAGAGAAGAGCGAGAAAGAGCAGGCAGCCACUCUUGUACCAUAAACACAGGAACUUGACAAAAGAAAGACUUUAGUGGCUCAAGCUUAGUCACAGUAGACCUCUGGACAUCAGAUUGAUCUGGACAAACUGAGACAAAGAAUCACAAGGUAACAGCUACCUUCCCAGAAUGUAAUUUUACUAUCUCCUAAAACUUAAAAUGAAAAAGGCUUGUUGCCUUUAAAACGCACAUUGGAAAGCAACUAUUAUGGGUUUUCUGGAGUGAUCGUAUAUGAUAUGUUGAUUCUUUCUUUUUGUGUAAUUUUCCUAAUUAAUUUAUUAACACAGGGAACACAGGUGUGAAACCACAAAGGUCACCAGGGUAAGACUUGGCAAAAAGAGAAACUUAAUCUGAAAUGAACUGCUUGGAGAGGAGCUCUAGUUUCAGGUUUGAGGCAAACUGUUCUGCCUUUCAUUUCAUUUAAGUCAUCAUCUCAGAGAAGUGAGAAAUCAUUUUUGAACUUUGCACAGUAUAAGUGAUCCAUCAUUCCACCUUUUAUUUCCUCUGUCGGUUUUUCCAACACAGCAUCUUGUCUGUCAUUCUAACAUAUUUUAAGGUGUUAUUUUCUGAUGUGAACAAGGACAGGUAGCUCGGUGGCUGCAACCAAAGACCUCCAUAGAAUCUAUUAAGCAAGGGUGCAGAUGAUGAAAUUAUAAACGUAUAUAAUUAUUCCCAAACCGAAAAAGGAUUCUUUUGGGUUCAUUACUUUCCCUAAAACAUAAAGAAUGACUUUAUUUUAAAAGCCAAGGACUGAAUUUAGCAGCAUCUUCAUCAAUAAUUACAUUUUCUGUACUGUAAUUUCUUAUAUUUAAUUUUUUUACUUAUUAUCUUGGUUCUCAAUUCUUAGUUUAGCAAAAUCUGGCUUACUCUAGUUCUCUGUAAAAUGCCAAAGUCGUGCACUGGCACAUUAAGUGAGAGACUAAUGAUAAUGAGAAAGAGACACCAAAAUAAACCAGCAACCAAAUGUUGGUCAGUUGUUUGUGUGUAGCAGUAGUUUAUUUUUUAGUUUCUGUUUCGAAAAGUAAUUCUUGGUUGUUUCCAGUCGUCUGAUCAAAGGGUAACAAUAGCUUUUUGUGAAUGUAGGUAAUUAAUUUUAUGCACAACAGUUAUAUGGCAACUGUAGAUUUUGAUUAUUUUCAUAGAUUUAAAUACAAAGUGGCCUUCUCUCGACACAUAUUAGCAAUUACACACUGUGUUUAUUUAUUUUUGAGGAUUUUGCUACACUAUUAUAGCCUUUAUGUUAUUUUUGUCUUGAUGUAGUUUUGUUUGUGGGCCGGAGAAGCCUGGAUGAGUCAGCUGUAGAUCAGACAGUUUGAUUUGUAGGCGCUGUUUCUGUUUGUCCUGUGGCCGCGGAUGUGUCCGGGUUGUAAACGGCGGUUCCUUGGGCUAAAGAAGCUUCAAAUCUCCCCCCGGCACCUCUGUUGAAAUGCUAAAGGUAGUGCGUGGUCUGACUUGAUCCUCCGCAAGAGUCCCGUUGUAAAUGAGGAUGACAGAGUGGUACUUGAGAUAACGCUGAGUGGAUGUCGCUCUAUUUCAACCGUUCCCGGAAUCCGCUGUGGAAGUUGGAUCGGGUUCCAUCAGGCUCUGCUUGGCCUGGGACCGCUCACAGUGAUGGGUGCAGGGUAAACACUUGCCCCAUACAUGGGCCACAGCCAGCUCCAGAGGAUGGUGGUGUUUAGGUUAGCGAUGCUCCGACGUGACAUGGCACCCCACCCCCCCUUUAUAAAUCAGCAGCUAGUGUAAACACGUCAGAGGAACAUUGUGACAGCGUCUCGAUUACACUCAGCAGGAGAGAGUUUGCUUCUGCGCGCCUCACCUGGGGGGAGAGCUGUGUACGUGGGCCGGCUUAAAUCAGCUGUUUGUCUUUUGGGGAUUUCUCUUUGAUCUAGUAGGAAGAAACACAGCAGAUUUUAGCUCACUGUCUUUAACUUCCAGCAGAGUAUUCACACUGGUCUCAACACACUAGAUAUGUGUUAAUCCAUGAGACAAGCCGUCCCUGGAGAGUGUUGACUUUGAGGAGGGGUUUUGGAUUUAGUGCACUAGAAGAACAAGUAUUUUAAUUAUCCCGUUUUUCUUUUCUUAGUUCUUUUUUGAUCUUUAAGCUGAGACAAGUGUUUAAUUUGUGAUGAAAUGAAUUCUCAGGCCAUGGGCAGGAAAGCGUGACUGAAAGAUAGGACUACUGAUGUGGGUUUUUGCAUUCGGUCCAUUCAGUCUUCUUGCUGGAUGUAUAAGAAUAGGAGUUUCACCUUCUGAACAUUCAUAAAGGCAGCUUGGGACAGAAAGAAAGAAAGACUGAAGCCAAAGUCCAAAUGUAAUUGUAGAGGGUGACAUUUACGUUUUUUUUUAUUUUGUAUUUACAGUGUGCAUCCUGAAUAAUCAGCCUAGUACCUGCAGGGAGUGUGAGCUCGCAUUAGGACAGAAAGCACCUCAUUUGUUGUGACAAUGCACGAUUAGAGAAGCUUCAGCCACUGUCCUUUCUCACAAUGUUGGAUUCACAACAUUUCCAAUGUGCGCCAAAAAAACUAGUUUGCGUUAAUCUUAAAAAGAAAACUCAAAGUAUCUCCUCCUGAAGAAGAGUCUUUAAAUUCCCCUUUUCCAAACAAAUCAAGUAUACGUGUAAGGAGACAUUUACGAAAUAAAUGUGUUUUGAAUGAACCAUU